UCUAAUUAUCGCAGACUGACGCAGAAGAACACAGCGAGCCAGGCGGCUCUUGCGCCUCUCCUCCAUUCGCAGCAUUCGGAUGUGAUGUCAGCACGGCAGCGCGCUGCAACAGUCUCCUUGGCGACGCGGCGUGCGGCAGUGACGCCAGUGCGGGCCCCCGGCUCGUGGUGAGUGGGCGUGACUCGCGACUUUAGCCCCCUCCCUCCUGUCUCCUCGUCAGUGUGGGCGGGCCCCAGUCAGGAGAGAGCGAGCGAAACACGACACCCCCGAGGAACCGAGCGAGGCGUGGGGGGGAGGAGAGCAGCGCGGAGUGGAGUGGAGUGAGUGGAGCGCUAAAAAGUCUGCGAAGAAACACAGCUUUGCUUUCUAACCCUGGUUUCUGACACAUAAGUAGUGGAGCCUUGAAGCCGGACUGUGAGAAGAUGCGGCCGGGACGGAGUAAGCAGCUACCGGACAGUUAGCCAAACUACUUGAAGAGGAGCAGACGGAGUGAAAGGCUUUUCGGUCGAAUCAGGACCGACCGUUGGCUGUUUCCCCGAAGCGAGUUGAGCAGAUUGAAACGCUCCCAGUUGCUCCAGGACCAGCAGCGAGGACCCACAAACGUACAUAUUCUUUCUUCUUUUUUUUUUAAGGGGAGGAGGACUUUACGGUUUUUAUUGAUCCGGGGAAACCGACGGAGUCAGAGCGGAGCGGCUGUAGCGAGGACAGAGCCGCCGAAGCGGUAACUCCCGACAGAAGAAGAAAAAGUUUUCAGCGUGUCUUCACCAAGUUUUCCAGACUGGAAACCGGAGCGGGAAGAGGAGGCCACAGAGACUGACUUUUUCUUCCACAAGCAACUUUAGUGGAGUUCCUCCAGUUUAGGUUUCCAGUUCAGCUGAAAGCAGAAUGAAAACACCUGGAGAUACUGGGUUUGCCUUUCCAGAAUGGGCCUACAAGCCAGAGUCGAGCCCCGGGUCCAGGCAGAUCCAGCUGUGGCACUUCAUCCUGGAGCUGCUCAGGAAAGAAGAGUAUCAUGAUGUCAUCGCGUGGCAAGGCGACUACGGGGAGUUUGUCAUCAAGGACCCGGACGAGGUGGCCCGGCUGUGGGGGGCGAGGAAGUGCAAACCACAGAUGAACUACGACAAGCUCAGCAGGGCGCUGAGAUACUACUACAACAAGAGGAUCCUUCAUAAGACCAAAGGCAAAAGGUUUACCUAUAAGUUCAACUUCAACAAACUGGUUUUGGUCAACUACCCGUUUUUUGAUGUGGGUUCUACUGGAAGCAGUGUCCCUCAGAGUGCACCGCCUGUCCCCACCGGAGCAGGAACCCAUUUCCGUUUCCCUCCUUCCACACCUUCUGAGGUCCUCUCCCCCAACGAGGAUCUGCGCAGCCCCGGGGGGAUGUUCAGCACCGUGGCUCGACGGAUGGCCCGCGGAUCCGUCAGCGACUGCAGCGACGGCACUUCGGUCAACUCAGAGAUCGAGGAUGGGAACGGUGGUGCAGGAGAGGAGAGGGGUGAGAGGAGUGUGAGCGGAGGAGGAGGGGGCCCCGGCGGCGGUGGAAACUACCGGAGCAUCAUCCAUCCCCGUCUGUCUCAUGAGGCUCUUUUCCGAAUGUACGGAGGGCCGGGUAACCCUGCAGGCCACCCAGGGCCGCGUGGCCCCGCCGGGCACCGGAUCCACCAGGAGCCGCUGUCUCCCUUCCCCGUGUCCCCUCUGCCUGGACCCCCAGGGGCGAGUCUCUUGGCCCCGUCUCUAUCCCCAGCACUGUCCAUGACCCCAACGUCCCACCUGCCCUACACCCCGUCCCCCACACUGUCACCCAUGCUGGGCUCCCACUUCUCCUUCAACCCAGAAGACAUGAAGCGCUACCUGCAGGCCCACACCCAGUCUGUUUACAACUAUGGCCUCAGCCCCCGGGCGUUCCUCCAGUACCCCAACAUCGUGAUCCCUCAGCCCCACCGGCCCGCCGCCGACAAGCCCACUUCCUCACUCUGCCCACUCACACCCCCAUUCCCACCCCAUGCAUCACCCUCUUCACCUGGGGGAGGACCACCUCACAUGUCUCCCUUCAAGUUCAAGCUGCAGCCGCCACCUCUGGGGAGGAAGCAGAGGGACGGACAGAGCCAGGGCAAACCGAGGCAAAGCUCCCUGUCCUCUGGCUCCGGAUCCGGGUCCAUGUCCUCCACCUCUGGACUGGGGUCCUCGCUAUCCUUCGGCAGCGACCUGAGCUCGGCAAGCGGGUCGGGGAUCAUUUCUGCCUCCUCCUCAACGCAGUCCUUGAACAGUGCUGGACUCCCAAAGAUAAAGGUGGAGCCCAUCUCUGAUAUAGAGUCAGAGGAAGAAGUGGAGGUGACGGACAUCAGCGAUGAAGACCCAGACGAAAGAGAUAACGAGUUUGAGCUCUUCUCCGCUCGACACCCCAGAGUUUCCAACCAUCACCACCACAACCACCACCUGUCCAACGGCACGGCGGCCGCCCAUCAUCCGCCGCAGGACGAAGACCUGGACGAGGACGUCUUCAAAGCCCCCGCUCCUCCUCCUCCCGGUCUGAUGCCGUUCUUCACCUCGCAGCAUGUCCACCGCGGCCUGACCGCCCUCAAGAGUGAACCGGUGGAGCCGGGCGAGAGCCACUCCGCCCAGUCCCAGGCGUCCUCGACUGGAGCCGCGCAGGGAAAGUGCAUCCCUCUGAAGCUGCGGUUCAAGAGGCGCUGGAGCGAGGACCAGCGCAUGGAGGCGUCGCAGGAAGAGUCGGACGACAAGAAGGUCCGGCCGGAGGAGGGGAGGAAUAAAGGGAGGCAAACUAACGGAUGUGUGGAAAUGGAGGAGGACGGGGAAGACGGAGACAGUCCCCCUCCGCUAGCUUAUGAGGGGUCUUUAUCGGUGCCUCUGGCUUCACAUCGGAGGGUCAGUGCCGAGCUGCACCGCGCCACGGCCCAGCUGUCCCUGGAGAACAAAGACUGCUGAGGAGCGCGGCCCCAACACUACUGCUUCAGCAGUACAGGAGUUUGUAAAUGUAAUCCCACUCCCACACUGACAAACUAGACGACCCGAGAGCAGAGCCUUACACACACGCUCAUAAAACUGACACAGCCAUUGAGUCAGAGCCGCCAUCAAUCCUGGAGGAAUCCGCUCCCACACCGCAAAAACACAACAAGCAGUGACUUUAUCUAGUUUCUAGUGAAAAUGUAUUAGUACACUUGAAAUAAGACUUAAUUAAUAUACAAGUAACUGUUCAGCAUGAUGUAGGAGCUUGUUUAGAGUCCUCACAAAUAUUUUCAGGUGAACUUAGGUCUAGACUUUGACUAGACCAUUUUAAUAUGUGAAUAUUUUUUGAUCUAAACCAGUGGUGCCCAAACUUUUUGCGGAAACUGCCAAAUUUAAACUACUUGAAGCGACACAAAGUUCCCGAAAUUAAAAAUGCAAAAAUGAAUUUGUGAUUUUACUUUGUUUUUGACAUUCCUCCUACUCGACAACAUUUUUAUGAAAUCUGUUAGUGAAUAAUCAAAUUGUACUACUUAUUUCUCUUACAACUGGCACUUUUUCAUCAACGUUAACCAAUUAUUGACUUAAAACAAGCUCCUUCGUGUUGCUGAGUUACUUUUGUCUCAUUUCAAGUGGACUCAGACAUUUGCAUUAGAAACUAGACUAAAAAUACUUGGUGAGAUUCUGGUGUUUUUGCAGUGCACCAGGCCAGUGAAGCUCCCAUCUUCUCAUCAUCAGCAGCCACACAAGUCUUUCCUCAGGAGAAACGACCCCUCACAGCCCUGCAGCUCGACCUACAGGCCGACGGGACUUCUAAGUGCCUGCGUCAAACCCCGAGAGCCCUGGAGAGACAUGCUGGGUGGGACAGAGGAGGGCGGCUGGGAGGAAAGCUCACGUGGGACAGGAAGGGAAGUGUGGUGAGUGGGGCUGUUGGGUGUUUGUCUGGCCCUCUCCACUCAGGGAAGCCUUUUGCUGUACCUUUAUCGGAUCCACACAGACGCGUCAAACGGGACUCGAGGGACUUUAUCGAGCCCAAACCAAGCAGAGACGUCAACUUUUCCCCUCAACAUUUGACUUUGACACCACCACCCCUCUGAUUUUCUCCUGUUCUGUCUUGUUUCACUUCAAGAACACAAAAUAUAACCAAGUUUUUUUUGUUGCUCUAUUUACUGAUGAUAAUAUCUUGAAAUAAGACAAAACUACCUCAAGAGUAACUUUUCAGCAAGACAUAGAAACUGGUUUUGAGUCAAGAAUUCAUUGCUAUUGAUGAAACAGUCGUAGAUUAUUUCACUUUAAUCUGCCAGUGGAACUUUUUCAUCAAUAUUAAUUUAUAAUUUACUUUAAACAGGCUGCUAUAUCUUGCGCAAAAGUCACUUCUGAGUUCGUUUUGUCUUAUUCCAAAUGUACUAAGAUAUUUGUGCUAGUACGUGGAGCAAAACUACUUGGUGAGAUGUUGUGUUUUUGCAGCGUUCUCUCGUGGACCACGUGUGGAAACAUCACGACUCUCUCUUCGCAGAAACAAUAUAAACCCCAGGCUGGUGUGGGGAAGCGUUAAGAAAAGCGAAGGAAGAGCGUGCGUCUCCACCUGAAGUAGUUUCAGCUGCAGCUCGAGCUCGUCUCACACUCGCAGUGUUAGACUGAACCAGCAAACGACACACAGAAACACAUGCGCAGCACUGCCGUCACAGCUCCCUCUCCCUGCAAACACACACUGCCGCUGAUCGCCUUCUUUCUAAAGCUUGUUCAAACUGAGCUCUGGAACCACACACAGAAUAUAUCUUCACAUAUAUUCAGACGGAGAUGAUUGCAGAAGAGUUUAAGAGAAGCACAGCAUUUUAAUGAUGGAUUUUUUUUUUUUUAUAGUGAGUGGAUCAUUCUCAGAAGGUGUUGUUGUGGGGGCAGCAGAACAAGGAACGGUGGGGGAUUUCUUGUAUAUUUGUUGCACAUGUAAACAAAGAGCUCAGGCCUGUCCACCAGAGGAAGGAAGAGAAAACCAGCAGACUGCUAAUGAUUCAGACGAUUUGCUUGGCUCUGCUGUUCACUUGGUUUUGCAGUAGCGUGCAGCGCUCUGUUUCUUUUUUUUUUUUUUUUUCCCUGUCUGCAGUCUCGCUCUGCUCAGCGGGGUGCUCACUGGUCGGAGUUGUCCUGGCUACAGGCCACCUCUCCGGGCUUCCUCUGCGUGUCAGAGCCGGCUAAGCGAGGCGCUAAUCCUGCACAGUUCUCCUACUCCAGUUAGUAUUAACGCUUCAAAGUUCAGCACAGUCGAGAGAAAAGGGUUAAUUAUUUUACCGAGAUCCCCCUCUCCCUAAAAUCUAUGCACUUUUACACACACACACACACACACACAGACACACACACAGACAGAUACGAGUGUUUCUGACAGGGUCUAACUUCCUGAUGUCACCAGGUUGGUUGCCUCUGUUCCUUGAAAAUCUUUUUGUCAGUGAAUCAACAAGUUUUGUUGUAUUUUAUGUGAUAAAUCACAAGUGACUGCGUCAAUGUAAAGCAGAGGAAAAGAUGCAUUGAUUUCAUUUUUUCUUUUUUAAAUCUGAAAAAUGUAAGUCACCUCUCUUUAGUCACCAUGUCUUCAUCAGUUUUUACAUCUACAUUUCUGGACUGGUUUUUCUUUGCAAACAAGCUCAAGCUCAGUCGGUCUGAGAAUCUCUGUGAACAUGAAUUUUCAAGCCUUGCCACAUAUUUCCAUUGUGACUCCAUCAAAAUCAAUUCAAGAGCCACAAAUGUCCCCUGAGCCACGUUUUGGACCUCUCCUGGUUGAUGCAGAUGGAGACUUUUUUUCAACUAGGACUAAACUCUGACUCAUAAAUUAAAAUCUUCUCGUCGUCUUUGAUGCCACAGAAACUAUUCAUCUUGUCAUAAACCAUCGGAUCAGAACACAUCUAUCCAUUUACCCAAAUCUGUCUGUGAUUACAUUUUUUUAAAACAUGGCUAAAUAUUUUAUUUUUAAAUAAAGAGCAGCACAAAUCAUGUUUUUAUUGCAGCAAAUAGACUAAAACGUUUGGACACACCUGGUUUCGUGUCAAGUCUUUUGCAGCCUCCAUGCUGUAGAGAAGCAUUUCCGCAUCAUGAUACUUCCACCACCAUGCUUCACCAUCAUGAAGCUCACCAUCUCACAUUUCUUUCCAGGAGUCUGCACCUUGCGGCUCCGGAGCCACAACUGGCUCUUUGAACGAUCCCGACUGGCGAUUAAAAACUUUGACUAAAACUCAAAAAUCAGAAAGAAAUUACUGACGUUUUGAAAAGAUAUAACAAAUGCAUGUUUCAGCUAUUUUCAGUGUUCAUUUCCAUAGCAAUGAUACUAGAAGUACCAACCAUUUUUAUUUGAUCUAUUUUUCUUAUUCGGUUGGCAGUAUGUGCAAAUAUCAACAUCCUAUCAAAAGUCAGAUAUUUAUCAAAAGUCAUAAGAUCAGGUAACAUUUGUGGCUCUAAAUCCAUUUUAUUUAGCUGAACUAAAGCCUUCGUGAUUGUCUUUGUUCACUAUUGUUCUCUGAUGAAAGAACAUCUGGAUUUCUACUAAAUUAAAUUACACACAAAUAGGCUUUUAUUACCAGUUUAAUUACAAGCAACUUCUAAAAUAAAUCCACACCACACUUUUCAGAUUUUUAACCUGUUUGUGUUUUCCUUCAAGGAACAGCAGAUGAUCUGCAGUCUGUCUGUGGUUAAACUGAUUAAAUUUCUCUCAUUAAGACCUCUGGUGGUCUGGAUUGAAGCACACACGCACACGCACACACACACACACACACACACACCAGGUCGUACGUCUGUAUUUGAACUGACAGCUGCCUUACUUCACCACAUCUCAGCGACAGACAUGACACCCGUCUGAGCUGCUCUGCGCUCUCCGCCGUCUCGCUGCCGACCGCUCACCAGUUACUCUCGUCCUGUUACAGGCCUCUACUGUCAGACAAACGGCACAAAUUUUACAUUUCUCCAUUAAGAAAAGAAAAAAAGAGUACAAACUUCUUGGUUUAUUUUUAUGAUGUCAGUAUGAGUAUGGAUUCUUGUUGUUUUUAUUGAGUAAUUUACCUCUCCACCUGGCAUUAUUUUUAUUCCGCGGCUCGGCUACUUGUUGCUUUCUGCGUCGUGAACGUCACUUAAUGAUUUGACCCCUGAACUUCAUUCCCUGUAUUGAAUCCUUUCCAGCUUUUAGUUCUUUUUUUUUUUCUUCUUCUUCUUCUUUUUAAUAUGAUAUAAGUGAAAUAUGUGACAAUAACUUCAGUGCUGACAGAGAUGUACCACCUGGGAUGGAGCAGGAAGCAAAGCGGGCGAGGAUUUUUAUUUCAGGGCACAGAGGGAGUUUUUAUCUUUUUCUUUUGUCUUUUAUUGUCAUUUUAAUUUUAUAAUGUUACUUUUAUCGGUCACUCUUGUAUAUUUUUCUUGUGUUGUUUUUUUGGGGGGGGUGGGAGUGGGGAGGUAUUUGCUUUUGAAAGAAGAAAAGUUGUGUUUUACAGUGUAAAGAUUUCCCUCUUUCUUUCUGUUCUCUCUCCUCUUCUCUCCCCAGAGCUGUUGUCUCACGCGGAGACCGGAGAGUUAAUACUAUGAUGAUGUAACAUUGAAUUUCUGCGCUUCUUUCAUUGUUUUUUUUUUGUUUGUUUGUUUGUUUUUUUUCCAAACUUGUAAUUAAGAUGUAAUCAGGGUUAAUUAAAACCAGUUAAAACCCCAA